CCCGCCCCGGGAGUGCGCGAGGCGCUUCGCUCCCAUUUGCUGCGGCCGCUGGGCGCGGGGGCAGCGGCGGCCGGACCGACCGCAGGGACCCGCGGCGACCCGGGGCCUGAGAGGCGGGCCGAGCGCGCGGAGGCAGGGGCCCAGGAGGCCGCGUCCAUGGGCCCGCGGCGGCCGAGCGGUGGCUGUACGGGCGGGCGGCGGGGACCGCGCGCUCUGUGAGGGCCUGGCCCACGUCCCGGCCCCGCGGAGCCGCCCUGACCGCCGGGGGCGCGCUCCGGCCUGCGUCGGCGGCCCGCGGCCGGUGUGAGGCGGGGACAUGCCGCGGCGCCCGCGCUGACCGCCGAGCCGCCGUGCAUGGUGCCGCCGCCCCUGCCGCCGCCGUCUGCCGGGCCGGCCUGUGGGCCUCGCCGCCGCCGCGCCGACCAUGUCGGCGGCCAAGGAGAACCCGUGCAGGAAAUUCCAGGCCAACAUCUUCAACAAGAGCAAGUGUCAGAACUGCUUCAAGCCCCGCGAGUCGCAUCUGCUCAACGACGAGGACCUGACGCAGGCAAAACCCAUUUAUGGUGGCUGGCUGCUCUUGGCUCCAGAUGGGACUGACUUUGACAAUCCAGUACAUCGGUCUCGGAAAUGGCAGCGGCGGUUCUUUAUCCUCUACGAGCAUGGCCUCCUGCGCUACGCCCUGGAUGAGAUGCCCACAACCCUCCCUCAGGGCACCAUCAACAUGAACCAGUGCACAGACGUGGUGGACGGAGAGGGACGGACAGGCCAGAAGUUCUCCCUGUGCAUUCUGACCCCUGAGAAGGAGCAUUUCAUCCGGGCAGAGACCAAGGAGAUCAUCAGCGGAUGGCUAGAGAUGCUCAUGGUCUAUCCCAGGACCAACAAGCAGAACCAGAAGAAGAAGCGGAAGGUGGAGCCUCCCACACCACAGGAGCCAGGGCCAGCCAAGAUGGCUGUCACCAGCAGCAGCAGCAUCCCCAGCGCCGAGAAAGUCCCCACCACCAAGUCUACACUCUGGCAGGAAGAAAUGAGGGCCAAGGACCAGCCAGAGGAGAGCAGCCUGAGUCCAGCUCAGAGUCCCAGCCAGAGCCAGCCUCCUGCUACCAACGCCCUGAGGGAACCUGGGCUGGAGGGUGAAGAUGAGGAGAGCGCCAUGAGCAGCGACCGCAUGGACUGUGGCCGCAAAGUCCGGGUGGAGAGUGGCUACUUCUCCCUGGAGAAGACCAAGCAGGACUUGAAGGCCGAGGAGCAUCCACUGCCCCAGCCGGUCUCCCCUCCCAGCCCCAGCACCCCCAACAACAGGUACAGUGGCCCUGGAUCGCCCUCCCAGGAGCUUGGUCAUCCCUUUCCUUCUCCAGGUUCUCAACCCUUGCGUCGAAUGGUCUGCAGCAGCUCCCUCGGCUCUCUGGAUGUGGCCAGCCAGCCUCCCGCUCAUGUGGACUCCAACAGCCCGGGGGGGCGGGGAGCAGAGAGACUGGGGUGCACCUUUGCCUUUAAAGCCAGCAGGCAGUAUGCCGCCCUGGCCGACGUCCCUAAGGCCAUCAGGAUCAGCCACCGAGAAGCCUUCCAGGUGGAGAGAAGGCGGUUGGAGCGUAGGACUCGGGCCCGGAGCCCUGGCAGGGAAGAGGUGGCCCGUCUGUUUGGCUACGAGCGGAGGAGGUCUCAGGUCAUCGAGAAAUUUGAAGCCUUGGACAUUGAGAAGGCAGAGCACAUGGAGACCAACUUGCCAGCGGGGCACUCGCCAUCAAGUGACACGCGCCAGGGCCGCAGUGAGAAGAGGGCGUUCCCUAGGAAGCGGGACCUCCCCAGUGAAGCCCCCACAGCUCCUCUCCCGGACGCCUCAGCCUCCCCCCUGUCUCCACACCGAAGAGCCAAGUCACUGGACAGGAGGUCCAUGGAGUCCUCACUGACGCCUGACCUGCUGAAUUUCAAGAAAGGCUGGCUGACCAAGCAGUACGAGGAUGGCCAGUGGAAGAAACACUGGUUUGUCCUUGCUGAUCAAAGCCUGAGAUACUACAGGGAUUCGGUGGCUGAGGAGGCGGCUGACUUGGAUGGGGAAAUUGACUUGUCUACAUGUUAUGAUGUCACGGAGUAUCCAGUGCAGAGAAAUUAUGGCUUUCAGAUACAUACGAAGGAGGGCGAGUUCACCCUCUCCGCUAUGACGUCGGGAAUCCGGCGGAACUGGAUCCAGACCAUCAUGAAGCACGUCCAUCCGACCUCUGCCCCAGAUGUGACAAGCUCCUUGCCGGAGGAGAAAAGCCGCAUCAGCUCCUGCUUCGAGACCUGCCCAAGGCCAAGUGAGAAGCCGGAGGUGGAGCCCAGGGAGCCAGACCCUGAGCCGAAGAGGAGCCGAGCUCGUGAGCGCAGGCGGGAGGGGCGCUCCAAGACCUUCGACUGGGCUGAGUUCCGCCCCCUGCAGCAGGCCCUGGCUCAGGAGAGGGCGGGCGCAGGGCUGCCCAGCGGUCUCUCCGAGGCCGGGCCGGGGGAGCUGGAGCGGGAACGGGCGCGCAGGCGGGAAGAGCGCCGUAAGCGCUUCGGGAUGCUCGACACAGUGGACGGGCCAGCCACUGACGACACGUCCUUGCGGAUGGAGGUGGAUCGGAGCCCGGGGCUACCUGUGACCCCCGACCUCAAGACACAGAAUGUCCAUGUGGAGAUAGAGCAGCGGUGGCAUCAGGUGGAGACCACCCCUCUCCGGGAAGAAAAGCAGGUGCCCAUUGCCCCUCUGCACCUGUCCUCUGAGGACAGAAGUGACCGGCUCUCUACUCAUGAGCUGACCUCCCUGCUGGAGAAGGAGUUGGAGCAGAGCCAGAAGGAGGCCUCAGACCUUUUGGAGCAGAACCGGCUCCUGCAGGACCAGCUGAGGGUGGCUCUGGGCCGGGAGCAGAGUGCCCGAGAGGGCUAUGUGCUGCAGACUGAAGUGGCCACCUCCCCAUCUGGCGCCUGGCAGAGGCUCCACAGAGUCAAUCAAGAUCUGCAAAGGGAGCUGGAGGUCCAGUGCCGGCGCCAGGGGCUGACUACGCAGCAGACCCAGGCCCUGAAGUGCAGCUACGGGGAGGCUGAGGAUGCAGUCCGGCACCAUGAGGCCGAAAUCCGCAGCCUCCAGGCGAGGCUCAGCACCGCUGCCGCCGAGCUCACCUUCAAGGAACAGGCACUGGCCCAACUCAAGGGGGACCUGAAACUGGAGAAGGACAAGGCCCGUGAGCACUUGGAGGAGUGGCAGCACAGCAAGGCCGUGCUGAGCGGUCAGCUUCAGGCCAGCGAGCAGAAGCUCAAGAGCGCAGAGGCCCUGCUGCUGGAGAAGACGCGGGAGCUGCGGGACCUGGAGACGCAGCAGGCGCUGCAGAGAGACCGGCAGAAGGAGGUGCAAAGGCUGCAGGAGCGCAUCGCAGACCUCAGCCAGCAGCUCAGUGCUAGCGAGCAGGCCCAGCGGCUGAUGGAGGAGAAGCUGCAGAGGAACUACGAGCUGCUGCUGGAGAGCUGUGAGAAGGAAAAGCAGGCAUUGCUGCAGAACCUGAAGGAGGUGGAGGACAAGGCCAGUGCCUACGAGGACCAGCUCCAGGACCACGAGCAGCAGGUGGAGGCCCUCCAGAGGGAAAAGUUAAGCGCCAGGUCUGAGGGCAGCCAGGCGGUGCGCCAGCUGGAAGAGCAGCUGCAGGUGAAGGAGGCCAGCCUCCAGACGCUGGCCCAGCACGUCCAGAGCCUCAGGGAUGAGCGGGACCUGGUCCGGCAGCGGUUCCAGGAGCUGACAGAGCGUGUCGCCCUGUCUGAUGGGGAUGUUGCGGAGCUUCAGCAGAAGCUGCAGGGCAGGGAGGCCGACUACCAGAGCCUGGAGCAUGCCUACCAGAGGGUGGCCAGCCAGCUCCAGGGCAUGCACACCCUGCUGAGAGAGAGGGAGGAGGAGCUGAGGCACAUCAAGGACAUGCAUGAGAAAGUUCUGGAAAAGAAAGAUCAGGCCCUCAAUGAGGCUUUGGUUAAAAUGGUUGCCUUGGGGAGCAGCUUAGAGGAAACAGAAAUGAAGCUCCAGAUAAAGGAAGAGAUUUUAAGGAAAUUUACCAAGGCAUCUUCAGAGGAAGUGGAGGAGCCGCAGAGCUCCCUGGGAGAAGCAGAGGAUGGCUUUGCGCUUUCGGGCCUGCAGCUCCCAGCCUCAGGCACAUCCCCAGGCUGCCCACACUUGAGGCUUGAGGAUGAGGACCCAGGGGCUGCCCUUAAGGAGAAACAUGGGCACAGCAGCCCCAGGAGAGAAGUGAGCAUGAUGCCCCCGAAGUCAGAAGUGCCUGAGAAGGAGAGGCACUCAUGGAACACAGCAAAAUGUGAGCAGUGUGUACCUGGCAUUAAAAGGCAAAGAAUCCGGUUCUCCACGAUCCAGUGCCAGAAAUACACCCACCCCGAUGGGUCCGAGAAGACCUGGACCAGCAGCACGUCUUCCGACACCAGUCAGGACCGGUCACCCUCCGAGGAGAGCAUGUCGUCAGAGGCCACCCUCAGCUCUGUCCCUGCAACCAGCGACUCUGAUACCUACCUCUCCAUAAUACACUCCCUGGAGACCAAGCUCUACAUCACAGAAGAGAAGCUCAAAGAUGUGACGGUGAAGCUGGAGAGCCAGCAGGGCCAGAGCCAGGAGGCCCUGCUCACACUGCACCACCAGUGGGCUGGCACUGAGGCCCGGCUCCGCGAGCAGCUCCGCACCAGCCUGCUCCAGGUUGGCACGCUGGCCUCCCAGUUGGAGCAGGAGAAACAGGCCAGGGCGAAGAUCAUUGAAAAUCACGUAGGGGAGCUUGGCAAUUUCCAGGUAAAAAACACGCAGGCCCUUGCUUGCUUAGAAAAUUGCCGAGAACAGCUACGGUCUCUGCCAAGGUCUGGCCAGGAGGAAGCCCCGGGGGCAGGAGCAGGCCCCCUGGCCAGCGUGGAGAGCGUGCUAGUAAGCGCCAUCCAGGCUCUGCGUCACUGGCCAGCCCCUGCAGACAGCGGGUCCCAAACUCCGCUGGAAGAAGAGAGCUUCCUGGAGAGAGGGAAGGAGACUCUGCGGCAGCCAUCCCCGCAGCCGGAGCUGACUGAGCAGGAGCAGCUGAAGCUUCUUGCUGAUCAAAUAGCUCUGGAAGCCUCUCUGAUAAACCACAUAGCAGACUCUCUAAAAAACACAACGUCGGAUAUCUCGCACGUUCUCGAUGAGGUUUCUCAGUCAGGAAAGUUGCCCCUGGAGUCUGGGAGUGCAGUCUGUCUGGGGGCCCCAGCAGACACCUGGGCUAAGAAGGUGCUGGUGGAUGGUGAAUUCUGGAGCCAGGUGGAGUCCCUGAGUAAGCACCUGGGGACAGUGGGGGGAGAGGCAGCCAGUGCAUCAGGAGGUGGGCAGCAGAGCAUCCCACCAGCCCUGGUCCCCACCCUGGCAGACGCCACAUGGGUCAGGGCGGAGCUUAGCUUUGCUGUGCAGUCAGUGAGGGAGUCAUUCCACCGUCGGUUGCAGAGCAUUCAGGAGACUCUCCGGGGGACCCAGGCAGCCCUGCGGCAGCAUAAGCACGCACUGGAAGAAAUCCUGGGAGCAUACCGAACCCCUGACUUUGAGAGGGUGAUGCAGCAGGUCGCAGAGGCCCUCAAGCUCCCAACAGGCACUGCAGAAAGUGUCCAGGCUCCCUGGGACUUGAGCCCAUUAAGAGAAGAGCUGAGUCAUCAAGACACAGCUGGCUUCCAGGAGCCCUUCCACUUCUCGGACCAGAGCUCUGGGGCCUUCGUUGGGAUUCAGGAAGAACUCGCCCUGCAGCUUAAAGAUAAAGCCCGCCUCUUAGGAGAGAUAUCUGCCUCUUUAACCUCUCUUCCCCCUGUGGAAUCCAUAAGAGAUUGUCAGAAGCUUCUUCAGGUGUCCCGGAAUCUCUCCUGUAACACUUAUUUGGGAGGCCUUGGUCAGUAUUCUUCAUUAUUAGUUAAAGAUGCAAUUAUUCAGGCUCAGGUGUGUUAUGCAGCCUGCAAAAUUCGGCUGGAGUAUGAAAAAGAGCUUCAGUGCUACAAGGAGUCCUGGCAGAGCAGGGGGGCCUCCUGCCAGGAGCACGAGCAAGCUGUCGGAGCCCUGAAGGAGGAGUACAAGGAACUUCUCCGGAAGCAGAAGAGUGAGUACCUGGAAGUGAUUGCCAUCAUUCAAAGGGAAAAUGCAGAGCUCAAGGCCCAGGUCACCCAGCUAGACCAGCAGCAGAGGUAUCUGGAGGAAGUGGAGAGCAAGCACAACGAGAACAUGUUUGCCCUGCAAGGAAGGUACGAGGAGGAGAUCCGGUGUGUGGUGGAGCAGUUGAACAGAGCCGAGAAUACACUGCAGGCUGAGCACAGCCGAGUCCUGAGCCAGCUGGACGCCUCAGUCAGAGACAGGCAGGACAUGGAGAGGCACCAUGUGGAGCAGAUGCAGACUCUGGAGGACAAGUUCCAGCUCAAGGUCAAAGAGCUACAGACCAUCCACGAGGAAGAGCUAAGGACCUUGCAGGAGCACUACUCCCAGAACCUACAGUGCCUGCAGGAGACCCUCUGCCACUAUCAGGGGCAGCCGCCAGAAGCCUUGCUGGCCAGCAGCCCCCACCAACCCCCUUCCUCCACCUGGCCAGUUGGCCAGCCCAGGGAUGCUCUGCAAGUAGCCACUGGGGAGGCCGACUCCAUGGUGGGGCUGAGGGAGCGCAUCCAGGAGCUGGAGGCUCAGAUGGACAUCAUGCGGGAGGAGCUGGAGCACAAGGACCUGGAGGGUGACACGGCCACGCUGCGAGAGAAGUACCAGAAAGACUUUGAGAACCUUAAGGCCACCUGCGAACGAGGGUUUGCAGCAAUGGAAGAAACGCACCAGAAGAAGAUUGAAGAUCUCCAGAGGCAGCACCAGCGAGAGCUGGAGAAACUGCGAGAGGAAAAAGACCGCCUCCUGGCUGAGGAGACUGCAGCCACCAUCUCAGCUAUCGAAGCCAUGAAGAAUGCCCACCGGGAGGAGAUGGAGCGUGAGUUGGAGAAGAGCCAGCGGUCCCAGAUCAGCAGCAUCAACUCAGACAUCGAGGCCCUGCGGCGGCAGUAUCUGGAGGAGCUGCAGUCAGUGCAGCGGGAGCUGGAGGUGCUCUCGGAGCAGUACUCGCAGAAGUGCCUGGAGAACGCCCACCUGGCCCAGGCGCUGGAGGCCGAGCGGCAGGCCCUGCGGCAGUGCCAGCGCGAGAACCAGGAGCUCAAUGCCCAUAACCAGGAGCUGAACAACCGCCUGGCUGCGGAGAUCGCCCGGUUACGGACACUGCUGACAGGGGACGCUGGUGGGGAGGCUGCUGGCUUGCCUCUCACGCAGGGCAAGGAUGCCUAUGAGUUAGAGGUUUUAUUGCGAGUCAAGGAAUCAGAAAUACAGUACCUAAAACAGGAGAUCAGCUCUCUCAAGGAUGAGCUACAAACAGCAUUGCGGGACAAGAAGUAUGCCAGUGACAAGUACAAGGACAUCUACAAGGAGCUCAGCAUCGUGCGGGCAAAGGCCGACUGUGACAUCAGCAGGUUGAAAGAGCAGCUGAAAACAGCCACGGAAGCACUGGGUGACAAGUCCCCCGAGAGCACCCCUGUGGCAGGAUAUGAUAUAAUGAAAUCUAAAAGCAACCCUGACUUCUUGAAAAAGGACAGAUCCUCUGUCAGUCGGCAACUCAGAAACAUCAGGUCCAAGAGUCUGAAGGAAGGCCUGACGGUGCAGGAACGCCUGAAGCUCUUUGAAUCCAGGGACUUGAAGAAAGAUUGACUGUGUCCCGUUCAAUUUGAACACAUACCCUUCCCAGCUUGUGGCUGCACAACCCGAAUGCUACUUUCCGUCUGUACCUUUACUUUUUAUUAUUAUUGUUAUUAUUGUCAUUGUUGACUGUGGGUAUGGAUGCAUGAGAGACAGGUUUAUGGGUUGUUCACGCUGUUCCCUGCUGUGUUGAUGGACCUUCCUGUUGUCUUUACCCACGCUUGUUUCCAUGGUGAUUUACAGUAAGCCGAGGGGUGGAGAGGGCCGUCUGCUCCAGCUGGCUCUGUGUUGGAAUCCCUUCCCACUGUGGCCCCCUCCCUCCCUCAUGUCAGUAUUAAGGCCCGGCAGCCGAUAGAUAAGCUAGCUCUGCCUCGUGAGCUGAGCACACUGCGCGCGGCCCGCUCUGCCGCACGCUGGUCGCUUGUGGGGGACAGCACUGGGCUGUGGUUUGGCUGGGUCGCUGGCCUGCAGGAGCUGGGCAGCCGGGUGCGGUGUGUGGCCUUGGCUCCACCUGUGAGCUUGGGAGGAGGCCAGCAUUUGGUAUCCGUCCCACGGAUGCAGCUAGCUAGAACCACACCCGUGUGUUUGUGGUAAACUUUUCACAACCUUGAAGAUGUCGGAACAGCUUUUCCUGGUUUUGUCUGUUUUUUAUUAAAUCUGGCACAAAACCCCACCCUCUCAUUCCUUCCUACGCUCACUCUUUCCUUGGUCACCAGUCACCCUGUCUUUCCAUAACUAGUUAGCUUGUGGACCUGUGGCCUGGGGUUUCAGACUGCAAUUGCAAAUAAUGAUGAAUUCCCUCUGAAAAGAAACCUCAGAUGGCUUUGGAAAAGGCUAAGAGAAGACCCCUCUGUUAAGUCAGGAAGAAAGUGCAGAGGAUGUCAAAAUCAGAUGGAAAUUGCCUGUUUUGUGUUCUUAACUCUAAUUUAAUUAAUCUAAGGUCUGAAGAGUUCCCUUUUAGCAUUUAGAAAACCUAAAGUAAACCUAUACUAAUAGUUCUGUUUUUUUAGCAAGCUGAGUAAGACCUUUUUAACUACCACAAAACACUCUACAGCAGCGGUCGCCAACCUUUCGAACCUCCCGGACCCCUAGUGGUCCGCAGCACUUCUUGAAAAGAUCAUAAAUUGGAGUUUCUAUUAUGGACCCAUGAAAACCAUUAGCCCUAAGAUGAGGAGUAUAAAACCAGGCGGGACCACUGCUGCCUUAGGAGCAAGGUGGGUCGCUGGGGUGGAGCAAGGCGCUGCCUCACGGCUGGGAUCCGAGGCCAAGAGCCUGCUUUCGCUCUCUUAAUGCUCGAGCUGGGCUGAUGGUCUCUGGGUGCACAGAGGCUUGGGGGUCAUUGUAGAGAUCAUCUUGCUCAGUUUCUAGAUUAAAGGAGUGAGCCAGCUCAUCUGGGAAGAGCCCUCGUGUGUGUCUUCUCACACGACAGACUCGGAGCUCUCUGCUGGCAUGAGCCUGCCCUGCUCUCCUUUUAAGAGUCUUAACCCAAACCUGUCGCUCCCUUGCUACUGUUCCAUGUUUUUAAAAGUAAGAGAAUGUAGCUCUGUUUCCUAAUCCUACUUACUGACAUCCCUUGGGACGCAGAUUCAGGGUGUUUUUGUAAAGGAUUGUGACUUUCUGUGUCAUGUGCAGGAUUCCUGGAGUGCACAGAACUAUGGGGACCCCUGUUUCCACGCACAUCCUGGCUCUGCAGGCCGUCUGAGCACUGUGGCUUCAUGGCCUUCCUUCAGGGAACUCGCCCCGAGGUUCUGGGCAGGUCACGCAUGGAGUCCCGCUCCCUCUGCCUCCAGUCUGUGUUGGGAGGUCUGAAAUCUGUGAUGCUUUUGAACAGGUCCAACGAGCAUUCACUUCACUCAUUUGUCCCCUGAGGUUAGGUCUCAGGAAUGCUGGGAAGCAAACGUGUUGAGUGCAGCAUUUGGGAGUCAAAGGCAGAGGCCAGGGAAAACCUCUGGUCACUGCGGCCUCUGUAAGGGACCCUCCUGCUCACCCACUUGCUCUCCUGGGCCUGGUUCGAGCUGGGGUUACCAGGAAACAGGCUGGGAAUGCUCAGCUGGCUGAGAAGCUGUCUCCUCUAACACAGGCUGGUCCCGCUGUAGCCUCCCACAGAGAGCGCGAGCUGCCUUGGCCUCGCUGAGUGUCCGUCCAUAGUGACAACUGCGGUCAGGCCGAGCCAGGUCUGAGCCUCCUGCUGCUCGGUCCUGCUCUCCAGCCGGAGAGCGCGCAGGACGGGAGCAAAGCGGCCUCACUCCAGCCUGUGUGUCCCUGGGCCCUGCCGCCAGCUCCGCUGUACAAUGCCCUCUAUGUGCUCCCUGCAGGCACCAACCCCCAGGAAGAGUUCAGCCACCUAACCACUGAGGACAGGAGCAGUGUGGAGGCAGGCCGCCCACAGGGGCUGUGGGAGCGGGAGGGGGGAUUGGGAGCCCGCUGCUCUGGGCUUCUGCUCCCAGCACAAACCAAGCAGUGGGACUGUCCACACUUUCCCAGGAAGGAAAAGGAGACGACGGGCCGCUCCUCUCAGCUGUAACUAUUCUCCCAUCCAUGUGCACCUCACCUGUGACCCGUGAGCACCUGUGACCACGGGCCGCUCCUCUCAGCUGUAACUAUUCUCCCAUCCAUGUGCACCUCACCUGUGACCCGUGAGCACCUGUGACCACGGGCCGCUCCUCUCAGCUGUAACUAUUCUCCCAUCCAUGUGCACCUCACCUGUGACCCGUGAGCACCUUGAACAUGCUGUGACAAGCUCGUUAGUGGGAAAUGUGUGACUGUAACAGACAGCUGUGCGAACACUCGCGUUAACUACAGGAGCACAUGCGGCGGGCCCUUCAGGCCUGGCCUGUGGGACGCCGGGCGCCCUGCAGCCGCCGGGCAGCAGCGGGGCUGAGGCGGCAGAGAGCACUCUGCCACUCGAAAUGGAGCUUGUGCACCGACGUGGCAGAAAUGAGUUUGAAUUGGUGGCAGGAAGUGGUGGCAGCCCUGGAGUGACAGGCGGCAGCCAUGGUGGGAACAUGUGGGUUUGUCAAGAGCCAAGAUCAGAAGCCCCUCCUUAUGAGUCCGGCACGUGGAAAGGCAGGGAGAACCGGGAAGGGCCCCAGGCUCUGGCUGGUGACAUGGAAGUUGUCACGCCACAGCGUCCAGACCUAGGCACCCGCUCACUGACCCAGCAUCUGGGCACUGGGACCCGCACAGGCCACACACAGGAAGAGGGGACUGCAGUUUUUUAAAAACACAGUUGACUCUCAGUCUGCCUGAAAGAAAUAAGGCCAGGAAACAAAAUGGGCUUGAAAAGUCCUUUGCAUGGAGAUGCAUUUCUAAUAACCACAGAGGCAGAUGGAGCCCUGAGAGGGAGCACGGUCCUUCCUGUCCCUGCUGCCGGGUGGUCCCCUUAGCAAGUCUGUGUUAGGCUCAUCCCGAGGGUGAGCGGCACAGUGCCAGCCUGCCCCGCAGCGCCUGGAGGCUGGGCGCCGCCCGUGGCCUUUUCUCAGCUACACGUGACAAGGCGUGCUGGGUCGCUGCCAGCCCAGCGAGGAAGGUGCUGCGGCACCCAGUGUGUCCCGGCAGGCAGUGUGCCUCGGAGGAAAGGUUUCUUUUCUCCCUCAUUGCUGGUAACAAUGGCUCCUACAGCCCAGGGCCCUUCAGCCUCGCAGCUUACAGCAGGGCCUGUGGCCUGACUGGGGGGAGGUGUAGGGGUUGUCUUUUCUGUUCCCUACCCACUGACGCCUGCGUGAUGCCUUCAUGGCUAACCCCAUCCUCCGCCACUCCCUCCCGGUGUGUCUGCGUCUAAGACAGUUCUUCAGGGAUUCAAAGCUGUUUUCAGUUAGAGUGAAAAGAAUGCAACCCAUCAACAUUUAUUUUUCCUGAAAAUAAAAUUUUCUCAUCGUUGUCCUAAGGAGCCUUAGAAUUUAACAUUUCCCUUUAUAGACACAAUUUCAAAAAACAGAGUUCAGUGACACCUCUUUAUCACCAAAGGAAGGAGAAGGGAAUUUAAGUAUUUCCAGAGUUUUACAAAGGAGAUGGAAGUAUGUAGUAUUAUACAUAAAAAGGUUAUUUCAUAGGAAACUUGACAUAAACCCAAUAUGGAAACUCACACGUCAGUUUCUAUCAAGUUCUGCCUUCUGGGAAAGACCCGGGCAGAACUUUUUCCCUUUUGAGAACCUAAGUUUCACGUAUUCUUGCUUCUCUAUAAAGUGCAGAGGCCUACCUCCUCUGAAGUCUUUCAACAGAAAGCAGAAUAGCUCAACACGACCACCCCAUGGGGGGCCCAUCGAGCCCCCUCUCCUGUAGGUGCUCACGCAGGACUGUGUGGCGACCUAAGCUCAUUGUGGCUCCAGUUUCCUUGUUUUAAAGCAGCUGUCUUUGUCUUCAAAAUAACCUGUGCAUUAUUCAGAGCAAGCAGUGUAAAUACUCAUCAGCAGUUACUGUAGGAAUUUUUGUGACAAAAAGGGAUGUCUGUAUACAACUACGCAACAUCACACUUGAAGAUAGCGAGGACAGCUUUGGACAGCAUUGAACCCCACCCGACAUUUCGCUUUUAAUGACUUUCUCAAAGCUUUGGUCAUUGAACAGGUGGUUUUAAAGGCUGUAUACAGUAUCUACAAUAAUGAUAACCCUGCACCCAAACAUGGUUUUUCAUUAAAAACUCCGUAAUCCUUGUUCUUGGUAGAGCGAUUUAAAAUCCUGGAGGAAAAUCAGAAUAAAGAGCAUGGUAGUUCCAGCUUGACCAGAUCCUUCUAUGCAGUAACUUCUGACUUGUAGGGAGACAGUCUGGCCUCAGGCUCUGCACACAGCAGGGCUGCGUGCAGGGUCCUGCCGAGUGGGACCCUGGAUUUUCCCAGCUCUUGGGCUGCAUGAAGGGUGCAAACCCGUAACACUGAUAUUUCGUAAUACACGUCUAUGUCAAAUAGGUAAGGGAACAUUUAGUCAUAAAAUACUUAAGAAUUAGAUGGUCCGGUGCAGGAGAACAUUGAAGUCUCAGGUAAACAACAGCUGGUCUCCAGUUGCAGUCUUGCGGGGGCCCUGCCAGGCGGAUGUGAGCGCACAGUGAAGGACCACCACACACCAGCCCGCCUGCUGCCUUCACGGUUCCCACACCCUUUGCUCUUCCCCCCUUACAACUAGUUAUGUCACAUAUUUCAGUUUUAUUUUAUAGAAAGCUAGGAAUAGAUUAAGAACACUAAAUUAUUGUGUUAUGUUUAUAUCACAAAACUUCAAUUAAAAUGGAUUUUAGGAUUUACCUUUAGUAUUUACAACAUAUCUACUGACUUUUUGUUAGGAUUCAAACUGGUUAAGUGAUAAGAAUUAAUUCAUAUGGUUUCCUAAGUAAUAUUUAUAAAAUGUAAAGUUUCUAAGUGGUUCCUCAAUAAUUAUAAUUAGUGAUUUUUCUAUCAGGGUAAAUGUCUCAAUUCAGCUACUAAAGACAAAAACAUACUAUGCUAAACUGCUGGGAGAGCUGAUACACGAACAAAGUGAAAACUGUACAUAAUUUUUCAGCUAAGGAGUUUGGAAAUAAAUCACAGCAGUCACUUCUGUCACUGCUAAUUAUUUCAACAGUUAGGUGAUACAUGUUUAAAGAACAAACUUGUGUAAUUUUAACUGGUGUUUAAUUUCUGUACUAAUGCUAAAUGAUAAUGUUCGCCCGACUAAAAGUCACAUGUGGAAGAGAGCAGGGGCCUACGCGGCCCAGGUGACCACACACAUCGAGGCUCCACCGGAGACCUGGACGGAGGCAGCCCCGGAAGCAGACGCCCUCAGAGUGGGUCAGCACCUGUCAGGCUGUCAGGUCUGGAAGAGGAGAGCCUGGUCAGUGAGGCUGCUCUGUUUUGACAAUUCAAAAUUUUAUGGUUUAGUUUGAGGCUUUAAAAAAAAAGUUUCUGAUCAACUUUCACUACAACUGAAGUAUUACUUUGUCAAAAUAUUUAUUCCUUUGUGUGACAUGCUAGAUUCCUAUGGAUAUAGCUGGUCAUUUCUAUUUUGUAAAUACUACCUAACUUUACAUAAACUAUAUCAUAAUAAACUAUUUUUGCAUCACCCUU